AUGUACAGGGCGAGGACGCUUACCGGCGUGAAGAGGGAAGCUGACUCUCAUUGUGAUGAUUGCUGGGUUGUUGACGAGUGCGACUAUGUGCUAGAGACUGAGCGGCACCUGGCCGCAUCCUGGCUUUAUAUGCGCGGUGAGGCCGGUUCUCGUAAACCGCUCGAAGACGUCGAUUCCCCGUUCAUCGGGAUUUGCACCAACUUGGAGGCCGCGAAUCCAUUCGGCACCGCAGUCCUGAGGCAGUUCCGCCCUCAAAGUGAUGCUUGGAUCCUCCCACGAGACUGGAGUAGCCGGCACAUUGUCGCAGGAGUGAACAACGGCACGGCGUAG